AUGAAGAUCGAGCACGAUGGGGAUAAAGGGGGUGAUGUCCGUGAUCGUGUCGCUGAAGUUGAGAGAAGGCGGCUGGGAGGUGGGAGGAACGGGAAGGAUUGGCUAGGCGCCGUCUUGGGUAGUUGGCUGGCCGCCGUGAGCGGGAAGGAUUGGCUGGCCGCCGUCUUGGGUGGUUGGCUGGCCGCCGUCUUGGGUGAUUCCGCAGACGUGCUCGCCCCGGUAGGCAUCCCGGGAUGCGUGGACCGUCUGUACGCUCUGAUGGAGGACGGUGCCGCCCCGCCCGGCCUCUCCUCCGCGGCAGGGGCGCCGCGGCGCGGGUGGUGGGUGGACAAGGACGACGAAGACGCGGUGUACCUGACGGUGCUGAUGCUGGGGCUCGGGAAGGAGCGCGUGAAGGUGUGGGCGGAGCGGAACAUCCUAGUGAUCAAGGGCGGGGGCGAGAAGGCGCACCGGAAAGGCGACAGCAACCCCGCGCUGUCAAGGUACAGUCACCGCAUCGAGAUGCCCGCUGGCGAGUACAAGAUGGACAAGAUCAAGGCCGAGAUGAAGAACUUCGUGCUGAAGGUGACCGUGCCCAAACUGAAGGAGGAGGAGCGCAUGGACGUGUUCCAGGUGACGAUCGAGUAUGGAGGCGAGUCGAGUAGUCGUAGUGGUAGUAGUACUCAUGGAAGACGGAUCGAGUCUAGUAGUGGUAGUGGUAGUGUUCAUGGAGGAUGGCCGGCGCGAGAGGAUGAGAGAUGCCUUGUUGGUGUGGUGACGUUUGGUGUCUUUCUGCCCUGUUUUGCUUCGUCUAUCGUCUUGGAUCGUGGUUUCUGA